AUGGCGCCGUCCCCGUCCCCGCCGCCGGCGGCGAGCGGAGCGCAGUACGCGCACCAGUUCCUCAACACCGCCCUCUCCCAGCGCGGGCCGUCGGCGCUCCCCUACGCGGAGGACGUCAAGUGGCUCAUCCGCAACCACCUCGUGGCCCUCGCCGACGCCUUCCCCUCGCUCCACCCCAAGGCGGCCCUCUUCACCCACAACGACGGCCGCGCCGCGCACCUGCUCCAGGCCGACGGCACCGUCCCCAUCCACCACGCCGGGGCCACCUACAACCUGCCCGCCGUCAUCUGGCUGCCCGAGACCUACCCGCGCUCCCCGCCCCUCGUCUUCCUCUCCCCCACCCGCGACAUGCUCAUCAAGCCCCACCACCCGCUCGUCGACCGCUCCGGCCUCGUCGCCAACGCGCCCUACCUCCGCUCCUGGGUCUUCCCCUCCUCCAACCUCCUCGACCUCGUCAGAUCCCUCUCCCACCUCUUCGGCCUCGACCCGCCGCUCUUCACCAGAUCCGUCGCAGCCCCGUCUCCCACUCCUCCUCCCGCUCAUCCUGCUCCUCCUCCCGCCGCCGCCGCCUCCCCCGCCAUGCGCCCCGAGGCCGUCUACGCCCCUGUCCCUCGCCCAUACAGGUUCCCGGCAUCGCCCCAGCUCGCCGCGCGCCAGCCGCCCACAGAGGACCCAGCCGAGGAUGUGGUGAUGGCCACUGACGUCAUUGAGGCCUGGGUUGCCGAGAACCGCAAGGGGGCUGCCGAUGGCACCACCGAGGUGGAGGGGGCCAUCCAGCCAGCCGACGUGCUGUCCAGGCAGAUGCUUGAGUGCACAGCUACUGAUUUGGCGCUUGAGGACACCAUCUACGCGCUUGACAAGGCUGUUCAGGAAGGAUCGGUGCCAUUCGAUGGCUACCUUAGGAGCGUGCGCGCACUUGCACGGGAGCAGUUCUUCCAGCGUGUCCUCUGCACCAAGGUUAACAAUGCGCAACAGCAGGCGCAGGUCGCUAGGAUGGCGGCACGGGCACCACAGUACGCCUCCUAG